AUGCUGCCGCUGUUGCUGCUGCUGCUCUGGGGGAUGAAGGAGGGAGAGGGUGGGAAAGAUUCCAAAGAGGGUUACAGCCUGGAUGUGGAAGGGAACGUGGUGGUGCAAGAGGGCCUGUGUGUCCUUGUACCCUGUAAUUUCACCUACCUCAAGGACGAAUGGACUAACUCAGACCCAUUUUAUGGAUACUGGUUCCAGGAUGGAGACAAUAUAGAGCAGGAUCUCCCAGUGGCCACAAAUAACCAAAGGCGGCAAGCACUGCUUAGGACCCGGAACCGAUUCUUCCUGCUUGGAGUACCACUGAAGAAAAACUGCUCCCUGUACAUCAGAGAGACCAGGAAGGAUGACACGGGGACAUACUUCUUUCGCCUGGAGAGAGGACCAACGAAGUUUAGUUAUAAGCUGAACAUGAUGACUCUGCAAGUGACAGACCUCACUAACACCCCUGACAUCCUUAUCCCGGAGACCCUGGAGGCUGGCCGUCCCAGCAGCCUGACCUGCUCUGCGCCUUGGGCCUGUGGGUCCCCCACCUUCUCCUGGACUGGUUCCUCUGUGUCAUUCUUGAGCACCAACACCGCUGGUUCCUCAGUGUUGACUGUCACCCCCGAGACCCGGGACCAUGGUACCAACCUCACUUGUCAGGUGACCCUGCCUGGAGCUGGUGUGACCACAAGAAGGACCAUCCGUCUCAACGUGUCAUAUGCUCCAAGGAAUCUAACCAUGAUUAUCUACGAAGGAGUUGGUCCAGCAUCCACAGCCCUGAGAAAUGGCUCCACACUAACUUUGCUGGAAGGAGAGACCCUUCAUAUGGCCUGUACUGUUGACAGUAACCCUCCUGCCAGGCUGAACUGGGUCCAUGAAAGCGUCAUUCUGAGUCCCAUACAGCCCUCAACUCCUGGGAUGUUAGAACUGUCCCCAGAGUACCUGAGAUAUGAAGGGAAAUUCACCUGCACCGCACAGAACGUUCUCGGAUCUCAGCACAUGUCUCUGUUUUUAAAGCGGAAAUCAGGGCUGCUGGCAGAAGUGUUUCUGGUGGCUGUGGUAGAGGCUGCUGUUAAAGUCCUGCUUCUUGGGCUGUGCCUCAUUAUUCUCAGACACUGCCCUCAGAAUGAGCUUCCAUAUGCAACUGUCACCCAUUGCCUCCGCUUCCUGAGCAAUCCUGAACUUUUACCAUAG